CUGGAAGAUCUGUCAAUUCCUCCCUAUCCAUGCUGCCUGCCUCCUCAGUAUUUUCUCUGCACGCUGUCAGUCACAGGCUGUGACACGGGGGAUUUAAACUCAAACAUCUCGACACUCGAGACGCACUUUUUCAUAACUGAGGCAACUGUAAAAGGAAAAGACCAACAAACUCAGGGCGUCUCAUCUUAGCCCUCCAUGCUCCUGCAAUCCGGCGGGUGUUAAGAUCCAUGGCAGUGGCCGGCUUCUACGACGAGGGCAGCUUUGCUAUCCACAACAGAGACAGCAUUAUCAGUCCCAUCAGCGGCGGCUCUUACUGGAGGCUCGGAGACUCGAUGACGGAGCUGGGCAUUGAGGAGCGUGAGAGAGCGAUAGACUUCAGUGUGUACCUGGACUCCACUUUGCACUGUCCGCAGCAGCAGCAGCAGCAACAGGGGGACGUUUACUCUGAAUUCCUUGCUGAGAACAAGAUCAAGAGGGUUGCAGCUUUGCAGAACUACAAGAACUACUCCCUGCUGAACGAGCUGGAGACGAGUCAGUGCGACAACUUGAGGGACCCCAGGGAGCCUUACGCGCUGGGUUACACUGAGCUGGAGGAGACCCGCGUGGAUAGUGUGCUCAGCCCUGAACUCCGAUACAGAGCUGCUGCUGCCGCUGCUGCUGCUGCUGCUGCUGAGAGAGACGACAGCCAAGAAGCAGUGAAGAUGGAGAACGGGUCGUCGGGGUUUGACAUGAGGUCUUACCUUCAUUAUCAAUCCACCAGUGGAAGUCUUGGAAACAUCUCCUCUGCUUCCUCAACCUGCUCCAGCCCGCCCGGCACACCUGCCCCGUCAGGUAAAAGCAGGUCACCCUCGCACAGUGGCAAGAUGUCCAGCGGGAAGGCGAAGAAACGCCCGGAUAAGGACAGUGACGAGUACAGGAUGAGGAGGGAGAGGAACAACCUCGCUGUGAGGAAGAGCAGAGACAAAGCCAAAAUGCGCAACUUGGAGACUCAACAUAAAGUGCUGGAACUGGCUGCAGAGAACGAUCGUUUACAAAAGCGCGUGGAGCAGCUGUCCAGAGAGCUCGCCACCCUGCGUAACCUGCUCUCUGCCACCGGACAAUGUUAGAGACCUCCUGCAGAGAGAGGCUCCGCGCGGUCCUCCGGGGCCAGCUUGUCUAAUCAUUGAUGGACUUUAAUAGCCAGAGGUGAUCCACUGAGCAACGGUACGCUUCACAGGUGAAGACCACCAGUUUACAAGGACACUUUGAGUGGGGGGACUGAAGGAGUGGGUGCAUGGAUUGCGCAAUCAUUCACGAUUCUUCACAUGUCACCUCAGCUUUCAUUCUCAGAUGUAAUUUUUUUGUGUAUGCAGUAUUUCUGUGCAGGUUUUACAUACAUGCGAGUGAAUUUCUACAUUUUUGUGUAACUGGAGCAAGGGGUUGUCAAGGGAAGAGUUGUGCUGCAGUGAAAUGAUGCAACUCUUUGUAAUAGUAUUGGCAAUGAAUGAAAUAAGUCUAAUUAUUUAAUAUUAAAACGGGAAAUGCUUUAAUUGUACUUGAUAUUUUAUUGAAUUAAACAGAUUUAUACUUUGUCUAAAGAAUUUCAUCUGUAAUUUCUUUAUUUCUGUAGUUCAAAGCUGGUGAAGGCUCAGACAGACAGACAGACAGGGGUGUGUUAUUUUCCCCCCUUAAUAUUUGCACCCAUGAUAGUCAGAAUGUGUGUUACAUUAUACGUCAAAUACAACAUACUGCAGAUGAGGAUUGGCUCAGCCAUGGGGAGAAUUAGCAGUCUUAAUGUGAUUUGCAAAAUUUGAUACAGACAUCGACAUACUGUAGAUAUUCAGUGCCUCUUUGACAUAUUUUUUAUUUAACCAUCACAGUAAACCAACAGACAUUUUUGAAUCCAUCAAAUAAAAAAUAUUCCAAUAAAUGAUCAUUUAAGGUUUCUCAAAGCAGAGGAAGCUGUUUUGGUCGUUGUAAGUAGAAGAAACCUCCUUGGUUUGGAGAGUGGAGUAAAGGGCGUAUGUGUGAAAUAGGAUUUUCUGUUACCACAAAAUACAAUAAAAGAUGGGGUUCUUUUUCAAAAUCAUUUGUUCAAUAAAAGCAAACAACAGACUAUCUACACAA